AUGUCUGCACUUCAGAAGAGUAUAAUGAAAAAUAAAUUACCGCCAAGGGUUCCCAGAACUUCUGGUGUCUCCAAGAUGGCCCCAUUUGGAGCAGGUCGCCGUAAGGACUACACGCCAGUAUCAUGGAAGCAGUAUUUCCAUCAAAGCGUGGAUGUGACGAUAAAUGCUGGUACCUUCAGAGUGUACUUGUCUCCAGAACCUGAUCAUCCUGACAGACCUAGGAUAGUGACCUUGCAUGGAGGUGGAUAUUCAGGGCUUAGCUGGUCCUUGUUCACGGAGGAGAUAACGAGCAUGGUCCACUGCCAAGUUGUGUCCAUUGACAUCAGAGGCCAUGGAGAGACCAAAGUGGAGAACUGCGAUGACCUCAGCAUUGAGACACUUGUACAUGACGUAGAACAAGUCCUCCACAAGCUGUUCCAUGAGGGCAUCCCUCCUUUAGUACUGGUGGGGCACUCAAUGGGUGGUGCGGUGGCAGUGCGGGUGGCCCUGCAGCCCUCAUUGGAGCACUGCAUACAGGGCAUCGCUGUUAUUGACGUGGUGGAAGGGACAGCAAUGGAUGCUCUGGCCAGUAUGCAGAGCUUCCUGCGGAGUCGACCUACACACUUCAAGAGUAUUGAGCAUGCCAUAGAGUGGUGUGUGCGAAGUGGUCAAGUACGGAAUGUGGAUUCGGCGAGAGUGUCGAUGCCCAGUCAGAUUAUCAACUGCGAGACCGGUAAACUGGCUAUCAAUGAAGUUGAGAGCUAUACAUCUGUAUCCGACGAGUCAGUCCCAACUCCAACAAGGCAUGCUCCUCUAGCUGACCGGAUUGCUGAGGAAUCUGAUGGUGAAGCUGAUGGGGAAUCCGAGUCUGGCUCAGAGACUAUCGUUGAACAAUUUGUGAAGCCUUCUGCGGUGGGAGACGGAGCUUCUAGUAUGAAAUACAAAUGGCGCAUAGAGUUGUCUCGCACGGAGCGCCACUGGUCGGGCUGGUUCCGCGGCCUGUCGGGCGCCUUCCUCAGCGUGCGCGCGCCCAGACUGCUACUGCUCGCCUCUAUCGAUGGACUCGAUAGAGAACUCACUGUCGGACAAAUGCAAGGUAAAUUCCAAAUGCAAGUACUGACGAGGUGUGGACAUGCGGUGCACGAAGAUACACCUGGGGAGGUGGCGCGCGUAGUAGCAGCCUUCGCCCUCCGCCACCGCCUGACGUCCCCCACGGAGCUGGGCGCCGACAUGCAACUACUGCACUCUGUGCCCGGUUGCUGA